UAUUACGGAAGUUGGGCAAUAAAUAGGCCAGGCAUUGGAAGCUUCGGAACCAGUGAUAUAGAUCCUUCCUUAUGUACUCAUAUCUACUACAGCUUCAUUGGAUUGAACAACGCCACUCAAGAUGUCGAAAUUUUAGAUCCUGCUCUUGACGUGAACCGAGGGGGAUUCCGAAAUUUGACGAACCUUAAAGCUCGGUACCCUCGAGUAAAAUUUUUAGUUGCCAUGGGCGGAUGGAGUCAAGGUUCUUAUGCUUAUUCGGUAGUAGCUGCGAGUGCCUCAAAACGAGCAACGUUUAUCCAACAGAUUAUAGAUUUCAUACAUAAUUAUGGUUUUGAUGGCCUCGAUUUAGACUGGGAGUAUCCUGCUCAAAGGGACUCUGCUUUUGGUGGAGCAGACAAGGAAAAUUUGAUUACACUGCUGCAAGAAGUAAAGGCGGCUUUCGAACCAUUGGGACUUUUAAUUACAGUAGCAGUACAACCAUCACCUUCUUACAUAGACGACGCUUACGACGUCCCGGCACUUUCAAAUGCAGUCGAUCUGAUCAAUUUCAUGUCUUACGACUUACAUGGAUCUUGGGAUGGCUCCACUGGAGUAAAUGCACCCCUCCACGAUCAAAAGAUCCAGCAAGGAUGGGCUGAAGCAUAUGAUCAGAAUUACGAAUCCCCUUUUGCAUGUUCAGGGAACCAAUGGGUUGGUUACGACAACGUGAGAUCUAUUUCAGCUAAGGUAAAUUUCGUUUGUUCGAAAGGUCUUGGAGGCGUUAUGAACUGGGCUAUUGAUGAAGACGAUUUUGAUGGUAAUUUUGGACCAAGGUAUCCCCUUCUUAGAGCUAUGAACGCAGUAAAAAGAUGUAGAAAUUAGAAAAUCUAUGUUGACACAACAUCAGAUCAAUACUCCAAAUUAAAAGACCCUGGUUUAUUUUUACCGCAAUUACUAAUAAGUUUGAUCAUGUAUUUGUUGUUAAAUAAACAAGAUAUAAUUA